AUGUUUUUCUUUGAUUCGGAGACUGAAAGUGAAGGCGAAGAAGUGUUCUAUGCCAAAAUAAAAAGAAGAUAUUUGAGAGAUAACAGCAACCCAUUCGAAUUGAGUGAAAAUGACUUUGUACAGCAGUUUAGAGUCAACAAGGAAUGUUUUAAAAUGAUACUCAGCUCGUUAGAUCUUCCACAAGACAGAAGAAGAACAUCAGUUCCACCAGUUCUACAGCUGUGUGCAACAUUAAAUCUCCUAGCUAGUGGGAGUUACCAAACCAAUGUUGGAACAAAUGUGUUGCUAAGUAUGGCACAGACAACAGUUUCCAAGUUCUUUCGCCGAACGUUGAGUCUCCUGGAAAAUAAGUUUUGUCCGCAAUGGAUUAAAUUUGAUUGCUCUAAAUUUAGAGACAGCAAGGAGUACUACUAUAGGAAAUUUAAACUACCGGGAAUAGUGGGCUGCGUUGAUGGUACUCAUAUUCCUAUUUUAAGACCAAAAGAAAACGAGCACAUCUAUUUCAACCGUAAAGGGUUCCAUAGUUUGAAUGCAAUGGUGAUUUGCAAUCAUCUAAACGAAAUAAUAGCAAUCAACAGUUCACAUGGUGGUGCUGCACAUGACUCGGCUGUUUGGAAUUGCAGCAAUGAGGUAGAGUUUCUAAAACAACAAUUUCAUGCAGGUGAAGUAAGCAUUCGACUUCUGGGUUAG